AAUAAGCAAAACAAAAACACUCUUACAAUUUAUAUGGUUCUUAUUGAAUUUUUAAUUAGUGCGGAUAUUUACUUAAACAAAAUUGAAUUGCGUCAAGUAUAUGGAUGUUCCAAAAUAUUCCAAAAAAUAACCUUGAAGGUUAUUUUUUGUGAUUCCAAUGUGAAUAUAAAAGUGACCCUAGUCAAAGUGUCAACACUGUCAACGUCAAAAAUGACGUUUAUCAUGUGGUGGCGGGAAUGCAAACAGAAAUUCCAAAAAAACAAAACAAGAAAAUAAACAAAUAAAUUUUAAUAGUAAAUAAUUAAUGAAUUCAGUUUAAAAUAACAAUGCCGUUACGCUUAAGUUACCAACCCAAUUACUACUCAAUUGAGGACAUCUUAGCUACACAAGAAAGGACCCCAUGCAAGUUUCUCCAAGAGGUUCCUCGGAUGGGUAAACUAAACCCAUCUACAGAGGAAAAAGAUCUUAAGGCAGGCACAGAACUAGAAUUGCCCAUAUGGUUGGUUUCAGAAAUAUCUACCGGUCGUCAGCCAGUUGUUGCCCCAGAAUUGCCAAAAAUCUACAAAGAGGCUUACAGGGAAAUUCUGAAGGCCGAUGCUAGUGCUGUGGACUUGCAUAAGUUCAAUUUAUAUUUUUAUGAGUUUGGAUCAAAGAUAAAACAUUUUGAUAAGAAGGGAGAUGUUCAUGAUAUUUUAUUGCAUACUUUUAUCACAAGAUUUCGCCUGAUAAUGGAUCUCGCCCACAAUACAGAAUCGGACCCCACAAUACAGCAAAAACUCGAUAUGUUAGAAAGAAAAUUAUUUAAAGAAGCAAAUGUUGCCAAGACAAAACUGAACACUUGGUUGUUGGAAAGUGGUGUUGAACUGAAAGCAGGAAAUAUGGUAACCAAUCACAGAAAAAGGAAGAGGGUCGACGAUGAUCUUUUUACAAAUUUGUUUUAGUGUUUUAAAUCAAAAUUCGCAUGUUUUUUUUUAAAUGUAAAUAUAUUUAUUUUAACAAUA